AUGCCAAAGAAAAUAGCAGCAGAAGACGACUAUGAACGCAACAUCAGAUCUCCAGAGAUGUGUGUCGAUUACCUGUCCUACCACUUUGAUGAGAUGGACUUGGCUGCUUCCUGGAGAGUCAUGACCAAACAAAAGAAAGACAUCGUCAAUGGACUACGACUAGAAAAUGCUUCCUGGAGAACCUGGGCAAAGCAAAAGAACAAACUAAAGACAGUUAGUCCCGAAACCCUUAACUGGCUCAAGGACAGCGAUGUUACAUGGCUCUACGGUCCUCUUCACACCGUCAUCCAUGACCAAGAAGACCGCUACUCAAAGCCAAAGAUAUCCAGUACUCAGGACACUCUUGGGCUCAUUACCGCACCCCCACCUCUCACAGAACAACAGACUAACCCACCUGUCUUACGUCCAGAACAAUCUCAAGCCGAAUCUACCAAUACUGUAAACCAACAGUCCCAAACCAACCCAGAAUCCCAACCAUUAACACCCACAGUAGCAAUAGAAGGAGGAGUAGCAAAACAGCCAGAACAACAAAAAGAAAACGGCCAAGAGAAAAACACAAGACGGCCGCUAAAGUCUGCCUUGAAGAGAGUAACGAUGUCAGAUAUCCUGAAACGGUCAGCAUCAGAAAUCCACGUCGACACUCUAAACUCCCUGGGACCUGAUCCGUCUUCGCUGUCAAUCACCGAAGCUAACAAACAGCUCGGUGUCUUUUCUCCAUCAGUCAUUGCGACCCACAGGCAACCCAAACUGAGGUUCAAUCAGCAGGUCGAGCAGUGCAUUGCCCUCUCCAUCGACGAAAAGACCGCACGCUCACGUAGCAACAGCCAGGCCACAGAUAGCAGCCGUCUCGAUAACACCGAUGGCCAGAGCGGGGGAGAAGAUCCUACUAAUUCUACCAUUUCUGGCUCCAAUGGUGCCGGUGCUGGUCCUGGUACUGGUGGGACUACUACUACUACUACUACUUCUUCUUCUAAUGGCAGACAGCGACCACUCUUUCCUCGAUCGUCUAUCAAGAAAAUCGCACCUGCUCGCCUCAAGAACAGCUCCCAGUCAGAACAUGAAACUGACGUUUCUUCUCUCUCUUCAUCUGCCUCUUCUUCUUCUACAGGCCACUGCGGCGGGUUUGCAAACAUCCAAACUGCAAACAGCAGCAGAAGAAACUCGUACUCUUCAUGGGACGACAAUGGCGACGAUGAUGGCGACAACCUUGAUGACGACGACAAUAACAGUAGCAGUAACGAACUGAUGCCAGCCAUUCUCAAUUCAACAAGACCAAUCAGAAUCCAACCACCCGAAGGACAGGCCAUUAGAUGGGAGGGCCAGCCAUGUGUAUAUGAUGUUGUGCCACCUUCAGAUAUGUACCAGAACAACGACGACAUUGAAGAAGAUGAUGAUGAUGACGACGACGAAGAAGAUGAUGACUGGGAUACAAACGAUGAAGAAGACAAUCGUAUCUUACACGAGGUCGUAGCUGGACCUAGUAAUCUCAAUUCCCACCACAACCAGACAAUUAUACACUCCUCUACCACCUCCACCUCCACCACCACCACCGCUACUACUACUACUACUACUACUACUGCUGCUGCUGCUGCUACCGUACAACGCGCCACCACCUCUUUACCUGGACCACAAAUCUCUCCAAAAUCACCUCCGCUUAGUGAGCCUUCUCACUACCAAACCAUUGCCGAUCCUCAACAAGCCAAUUCUUCUCCCUCUAGCUAUCAAGCAGUGGCUGAUAUUCAUCGCAUGGAUCAGGAACAGCAGCGCACAUCUCCUUCUUUCAUAUCCCAAGUGGCCAACUGGGCAUCUUCUCUUAUCUGGUCAAACUCGCCUCGCUAA